AUGGCGGCGCCGAGUCCUCACCUCGCUAGCCAGCCGAACACGCCCCAGAGUGCCUUCCAACCUCCAGGGAGGCGACCCCCCCCCGCCCCCGGCCCUCAGCAGACGUGCCCCCCCCGCUGCCUUGGGCCACCUGGAGCGGGCGGCUUCCCGAAGCGAUCGGCGUCCGGCCAAGCCUGGGACUGCUGCGUCCGGGGAGGAACUCGCGCAGCCUCCAACGGGCCGGGCCUGCCCGUGGCGCGCGUGCAGAACCCGGGGACGUGCCCACUCGAGAGUGCGAGCGGCGGGAAGCCCGCCGGGACCACGAGUGCCUCCAGCCGCCCUACUCCGCACACGGCGCCCCAGGGCUUGCUUCGUAAACAGCAGGCGCACGUCGCCGCCGCCCGGAGCCCCCGAGUUGGCGGAGGCUCUGCAGCGCAGCCGCCCGCCUGCUCGGAGCGCGGGCCCGGCGGCGCGGCGGCGCCUUGCCCUCCCGCCUCGGCAGAGGAUCGCGCCCGGGUGCGCAAGUUCCUCUUCGCCUUCAGCCUCUGCGCCGCACGCCCUCCGAGUGGGACCAACUUCCUCCGGCCGCAGACUCGCACACGCCCAACAGGGCUUCCCAUCAGACUCCCCACUGCCCAGUGGAGGGCCAGGUCUCGGCCCCCCCCCCCGCCCCCGCCCCCGCCCUCGCCCUCCCUUCCCGCCGCCGCCCCCCCCGCUCGCAGCGCCGCGCUCGCUCGCCUCCCUCGCCGUCUGCUGCCAGCCGGCUGCCCUCGGGGUCGGCCCCGCCGAGGGGUGGGCUCUGGGCCGGGUGGGGGCGGGGCGGGGCGGGCUCAAAGCCUCCGGGCAGGUGGCGACAGCCCCGCGCGAUCCUUCGGGCUCCCGCGGCUGGCCGGGCUCGGCCGGGCUCAGCAGCUCCCGCGCCGCCGCUGCUGCCGCCCGCGCUCGGGCAGGAGCCCCAGCGCCAUGUUGACGGAUAGCCGCGAGCGCCCGCUCGGGCUGGGUGUGUGUGAGUGUGAGUGUGUGUGUGUUGGCCAAGUCGUCCCUGCACGGCGACAGCGCGGCUUGGGCUCCCCGCCCGGCGGCUCGUGGGCUCCCCCUCCGCCGCCGCCGCCCGCCUCGCUCCCGCUCUCGGUCGCGGCGCAGCGCUCGGGCGACAGCCGCCCGCCCGCCGCCGCCUCCAGCUCUUGCAAGUUUGAGCUCCCUCAGCCUCCGCUCACCCUCCGCUGCGGCGCCUCGGCGGUGGGGUUUCGGAGGGGUGAUUCCCCAGGAAAGGUUUGCCCGAGUUUCCCCAGCCGUCAUCGAUUCCCAGCCGGGCGCGUUUCGCCUCUCUGGGUCCGAACCCCGGACCACUUGGGUGGCACCCCCCUCACCCCUUGCCUUCCCCUCCCCCGCUCGGACCGAGUUGGAUGCGCACACACGGCCCGGGCGCGCGUCCUGGGCGAGCCACAGACCGACUCGGGCGGCGGCGGCGCCGCCGCGGGCGGCUCGCAGAUCCCGAGCCGAGCCAAAGCUGUCAAACCCCAGCGACAGCCGCCGCUGCCUCCUCUCACCACCAGCGCUGCGCUCUCCUGGCCGCGCGUCCCCUCCGAGACCUAG